AAGCUCCAUAUUGGGUUAGAGCAACGCUAUCCCCGUUAGGGCGGCUGGGGUGAGACACCUCAGGCUGUGAGGCAGUCAGGCAUAGAUCAGGCUUCUAUCAGCCAACGACCGCCCCUCGUGCCCCACCGUUGCGGUCCCUCCGCUGCUAUAUUUUUGGCCAACUCACACCAAUACCUCGACUUUCCUUUUCUUCUCCCCUUCAGUCCUGCCUGUUUGAUUCAAUUGUUACCUUUUGACAUCACCAAUCCAUCAAAAUGUCCGACGAGCAGACCUUCAUUGCCAUCAAGCCCGACGGUGUCCAGCGCGGUCUCGUCGGCCCCAUCAUCUCCCGCUUCGAGAGCCGUGGAUUCAAGCUCGCUGCCCUGAAGCUCACCUCCCCCUCCAAGGAGCACCUUGAGCAGCACUAUGCUGACCUCAAGGAGAAGCCUUUCUUCCCCGGCCUCGUCUCUUACAUGUUGAGCGGCCCCAUCGUCGCCAUGGUCUGGGAGGGCCGUGACGCCGUCAAGACCGGUCGCACCAUCCUCGGUGCUACCAACCCUCUUGCCUCCGCCCCUGGCACCAUCCGUGGUGACUACGCCAUUGAUGUUGGCCGCAACGUCUGCCACGGCUCCGACAGCGUCGAGAACGCCAAGAAGGAGAUUGCCCUCUGGUUCAAGCCUGAGGAGCUCCAGAAGUACAAGCACAGCCAGUUCGACUGGAUCUAUGAGAAGGCCUAAAUUUCUCUUUUCGAUCUUGGAUUUAAAAAAUCUGCUUCCUGGUUACGGUUUUAGACCAUGCAGGCGGCAACUGAUAUAAAUCAGAAAAGACACGAGAAAUAGAAAUUAUACAA